AUGGGUAAAUCAAAGUUUGACAAGUACAAAAAGGCCAAGGAGGAACGCUCCAAGCCUUAUGCCAAAAAGCACAAGCAAGAGGAUGGUAGCGAUACCGAGGAAAACGGAGCUUUGGUCAACGAGCUGGAUAACGACUAUGACGAUGUCGCAGAACUGCUGGGUGUGACCGAGGAAAUCGCCAAGCAAGAGAAAAAGACAAAAAAGCACAAGCAAGCUGACCCUGAAGAAGUUGAGAAAUCUGCGCCAAUGCCUGAAGUCUCACAAGAUGCCGACAUCGUAUCCGAGGAGUUCUCUUCCCUCCAGCUUUCUGAGCCAACCAUGCAAGCUAUCAAAGACAUGGGAUUCACCAAAAUGACUGCCGUUCAGGCUCGCACGAUACCUCCUCUGUUAGCAGGAAAGGAUGUUUUGGGAGCUGCUAAAACUGGAUCUGGAAAGACGCUUGCGUUCUUGAUCCCAGCCAUCGAACUGCUUUACUCGCUGAAGUUCAAGCCUAGAAACGGAACCGGUGUCGUGAUCAUAACGCCAACUAGAGAGUUGGCUCUCCAGAUCUUUGGUGUGGCACGUGAGCUGAUGGCGCACCACUCACAAACUCUGGGAAUAGUUAUUGGUGGGGCCAACAGAAGACAGGAGGCCGAGAAACUUGCCAAGGGAGUGAAUUUGAUCGUGGCUACUCCAGGUAGAUUGCUAGAUCAUUUGCAGAACACCCAAGGCUUCAUCUUCAAGAACCUGAAGACAUUGAUUAUUGACGAGGCUGAUCGUAUCUUGGAAAUCGGUUUCGAGGACGAGAUGAAGCAGAUCGUCAGAAUCCUGCCAAACGAGAGUAGACAAUCUAUGCUGUUCUCUGCCACGCAAACUACCAAGGUCGAAGAUCUGGCCCGGGCCUCUUUGAACAAGGCCCCAUUGUACAUUAACGUUCACCAGGAUCAAAUCGCUUCGACGGCAGAUGGACUGGAGCAAGGCUACGUUGUCUGCGAGUCCGACAAGAGAUUCCUGUUACUCUUCUCUUUCUUGAAAAGAAACAGAAAGAAGAAGAUUAUCGUGUUUCUGUCCUCGUGUAAUAGUGUCAAAUAUUACAGCGAGCUAUUGAACUAUAUCGACCUACCGGUGCUGGAUCUCCACGGAAAGCAGAAGCAGCAGAAGAGAACCAACACCUUCUUUGAGUUCUGUAAUGCGACACAGGGAAUAAUGAUAUGUACCGAUGUUGCUGCCAGAGGCCUGGAUAUUCCUGCCGUUGACUGGAUCAUUCAGUUCGAUCCACCAGAUGAUCCAAGAGACUACAUCCACAGAGUGGGUCGUACUGCCAGAGGCUCCAACGGUAAGGGCAAGUCUCUCAUGUUCUUGAUUCCAUCUGAACUGGGAUUUUUACGCUACCUGAAGGCUGCCAAUGUGCCUUUGAACGAGUACGAAUUUCCCACAUCUAAGAUCGCCAACGUGCAAUCACAGCUGGAGAAGCUCGUUAGCUCCAACUACUGGCUGCACCAAUCUGCCAAAGAUGGCUACAGAGCAUAUCUCCAGGCUUACGCUUCGCACCAUCUCAAGACCGUCUACAAGGUUGAUAAGUUGGAUCUGGUGAAGGUGGGCAAAUCUUUUGGAUUUACGGUUCCUCCAAAGGUUAAUAUUUCAAUUGGAGCAGGUAAAUAG